AUGACUGCUAGAAUUAAGAGUUGGAGUUCAAGAAAUCUCUCCUUUGCAGGUCGGAUUACUCUCAUUAAUUCAGUACUAAUAGCAAUUCAGGCAUAUUGGAGUCAGAUGAUGGUUUUGCCAAAAAAAGUUGUAAGAGCUAUAGAAGCCGUGUGUAGGGCUUUUUUGUGGAAAGGUCAAGCAUUGUUCCAUGGUCCUGGGGCUGUGGCCUGGGAAAACAUAUGUCAACCUAAAAAAGCAGGUGGUUUGGGAAUUAUAAAGAUAGAAGAGUGGAAUAAAGCGGCUAUCUCUAAGUACAUUUGGGCCAUCUCAAACAAGCGGGAAAGCCUCUGGCAAAGAUGGAUACACAGUGUAUAUCUUAAAGAUCAUGAUUGGUGGAGCUACACAGCCUCUAUCCAUGCUAGCUGGUAUUGGAAAAAGCUGGUAGCCAUUAAAGAUCAGCUGAAACUGAAAUGUGAUACAGCAAAGUUCCAGCAGAGGCAAUAUACAAUUGCAGCACGCUAUAUGCUUUUUUCUCCUCCUGGAACUAGACAGAAAUGGUGCAAUGAGGUAUGGAAUAGAUUGAAUAUUCCCAAACAUAGUGUUAUCUUGUGGUUAGCCAUGUUAAAUAGAUUGAAAACAAAAGAAAGAUUGCUCAAACAUGGAUUACAAAUGAGUGAGCUAUGCUGCCUUUGUAAUGAACAAACUGAAACUGUGCAACACCUAUUUUUCGAAUGUACUGUGGCUGUGAAAUGGUUGCAGGAUAUCAAACAGUGGCUGUCAUGGAAUGUGGUUUCUUUGAAUCUUUCUACCUUACUUAGGUGGAUUGCAAGGGCAAAGAUUUCGAAGUUUCGAAAGAAGGUAUACACUGCUGCAAUUGCUGGACUGGUUUACAAUGUCUGGAAACUGAGGAACAACAUUACUUAG